AGCAAUGGCGUCAAAGGGGGCUCGGCAGCGGAGCAAAGGAACCGGUGGUGAAAGGGAAGAUAUUAGCGGAAAGCAAAGAGAAGAAAGUCGUGUGGCCGAGCAGAGAGCCGAGUCUAGUAAAGCAGGCCAGGUGUGGGCACCAGAAGGAGCUACUGCAUUUAAAUGCCUGAUAUCUGCUAGGUUUUGUGCAGCGCUUCUAAGCAAUAUCUCUGACUGUGACGAAACCUUCAAUUACUGGGAACCUACUCACUACCUCGUCUAUGGCAAAGGAUUUCAAACAUGGGAAUACUCUCCAGCCUAUGCCAUACGCUCGUAUGCUUACCUUUGGUUACAUGCAUUACCUGCUUGGUUCCAUGCAAACAUCCUUCAGGCAAACAAGGUCCUCGUGUUUUACUUCAUACGAUGUUUCUUAGCUUUUAUUAGUUGUGUGUGUGAACUUUAUUUCUACAAGGCUGUAUGUAAAAAGUUUGGGCUUCAUGUAGGGCGACUUACACUGGCUUUCCUAGUCCUUAGCACUGGAAUGUUUUCUGCAGCUGCUGCUUACCUCCCUAGUACUUUCUGUAUGUAUACCACGGUUAUAGCCAUGACAGGCUGGUAUAUGGACAAGAUUUCCGUGGCGGUACUCGGUGUGGCUGCUGGAGCUAUCUGGGGCUGGCCAUUUAGUGCUGUUCUUGGGUUUCCCAUUGCCUUUGACUUGCUGUUUAUGAAACAAAAAUGGAAGAAUUUUAUCAACUGGUGUGUUGUUGCACUGAUAAUAUUUCUGGUUCCCCUGGUUGCUAUAGACAGUUAUUACUAUGGGAAGCUUGUCAUAGCCCCUCUUAAUAUUGUACUCUACAAUGUCUUUACACCUCAUGGACCUGACUUGUAUGGAACAGAACCCUGGCCCUUCUAUUUCAUCAAUGGCUUUCUCAACUUCAAUGUAGUCUUCAUUUUGGCCCUGCUAGCUUUGCCCCUGACAUGGCUGAUGGAGUACCUUUUGCAGAAAAUUAACAUUCAGAAUCUGGGGAGUCCAUACUGGCUAACAUUGGCUCCAAUGUAUAUUUGGAUUUUGGUUUUCUUCACAAGGCCCCAUAAGGAGGAGAGAUUUCUUUUCCCUAUUUACCCGCUGAUCUGCUUGUGUGGGGCAGUGGCUCUUUCUGCGCUACAGAAAUGUUACCACUUCUUAUUCCAGCGAUAUCGUCUGGAACAUUACACAGUCUCUUCCAACUGGCUGGCACUUGGUACUGUUCUGCUCUUUGGUCUCCUGUCAUUUUCCCGUUCUAUAGCUUUGUUUAGAGGUUACCAUGCCCCAUUGGAUCUAUACCCAGAGUUCCAUCGCAUUGCUAAGGACCCAGCUAUCCACACUGUUCCAGAGGGCAAAAAUGUGAAUGUGUGCAUUGGAAAGGAAUGGUACCGGUUCCCCAGCAACUUCCUCCUUCCAGAAAAUUGGCAACUCCAGUUUAUUGAAUCAGAAUUCAGAGGGCAGCUGCCUAAACCGUAUGCAAAGGGACCACGAGCAACAAGAAUAGUACCCAAAGGCAUGAACGAUCAAAAUCUGGAAGAGACAUCGAGAUACGUUGAUAUUGGCAAGUGUCUCUAUUUGGUUGAUCUGGAUACAGUCACUGUAACUGCACGAGAACCACGCUAUUCUGCAAAAGACGAGUGGGUGGUCGUAGCUUACAAGCCUUUCCUGGAUGCCUCGAGGUCUUCAAAACUAUUCCGUGCAUUUUAUGUCCCAUUCGUCUCCAGCUGGCACACAACGUAUGGUAAUUACACCAUUCUAAAAGCCCGACGGCCUAAGCAGGUAAAGAAGAAGAACAUAGGAUAAAGAGAGAUCGAAGUUACACCAUCAGUGAUGUUUCCUGUUCACCUGCUAGAACUGCCAAAGGAGCUUUUGAAGAACUUGUUAUCUACCGCGGCAGUUGAGUGACUGAAAGCCUUGCUGAUUUCUGCGUGUACCCAACAGUCUACUGAUGUGUUAUUGAUACGUCUGUCUUUACAAUGGGCAGUACUCUGCAGAAUACAACUUUACAAUGUGAACUUUGGAUAUUUAUCAGGUGAUAGGCUUGUAUGAAGGCAGAUUUCACCAGAGUGUUGUUUUGUGUGUUUCUGAUAAGUGUGUGUAUGGGGUGUACAUUAGUAUAUACAUGUAGAAUCUAAACCUGGAUCUUGGAAAGUGCAGACAUCUUUUAUUUCUGAGACAGGAAGACUGCUUAAUAAUUUAGUAUGGAUUUCAAUUAUUUUAGGUUCAUUUUCAUUGAUUCAGUCUAAAACUCCAUUCCAAACCUUCUAACAGUUUCAGUAUUGCAAGACAGAGCCAAAGAAUAAUUGCCUCUUAUACAGCAAAUGGCAUUUAGUAUGUACUCUGCUUUUUGUACAGACUCUUGAAUUGUUAAUUGUCCACCAUAGAAAUUAUUUAGUUAGCUGAGCU